AUGAGUAACUCUAACUAUUUACAAAAUAUAUCUUUCACCUGUUCAUUUAAACAUCAAAGCACUAGUUUGGCGGCCUGGGGAAAUUCGUCUAAUCUACCGAUGAAUUUGAGAAAGAUCACAGAUAUUAAUAUUGCAAAAUUCACCAAAGAAACCUGGGAAUCUUUAAGACCCGAAUGGGAAACUUACGCUAAAAGAGAUACGUUGUGUCUCGGAGCUUGUUUGAUAAAAUACAAUCAAGCAAUGAAAAAAACUGUCUUCCAAAACGUUUCCAAUAAUCUAACGGCUCCUUCUUUAUCUUUAAAGGGUUGGUAUUAUUUAUAUCAUUACGAUAAAGAAAUGGUUGAAGAACCAUAUUAUGAAAGGACAAUUCUCGUUCCGAAACACACCGAAAAAGAAAACGUAGACAAAGUUUACUCACAUACUCAUCCUUUUAUAAGAUAUUUUAUCAGACAAAGUAUUAAAGGUGGGAGAGUCUCUGCUAACAGAAAAUCAUUUGAAACGGAUAAAAUGAAUGAGAUCUGCGCCAUAUUAAAAGAAUACAAUGAAAGUGAAACUGAAGGAAUAAUAGAUUUAUUCAAAGAAUACAGUGUUAACCCAAAAGAUAAAACUGAAGUUCACGCUAAACUCAAAGAGUUGGACUAUUCUAAACUAAUGGCAUUUGACGCUAAUGGGUUGUACGCUUCCGCCAUAACAGAAGGUGAAUAUCCUAAAGCGGAAAGUGCCAGGCCUUUUCGACUUGAGGAAAAUGAAAAAUUUGUCAAGCUCUUUAAUGAGCAGAAAUUCAGACCUAGAACUGCUAUUUUAAAAGUCUGGUUUAAAUAUCCUACCAACAUGUUCUUUCAACCCAUACCAGCUAAAGAUAAAAUAACUUUUACGAAUAGAAUAGAUAAGAAGGAAACUGGGAGUAAAAUCAGGUUCAGAAAUGGUUUCUGUCACAACGUUUUAACAUCAGUUGAUAUUCAAGAAAUAGUGAAAUCCGGUGGUAAAAUUAUUAAAAUAUUAGAUGGAAUAGUAUACGAAGAAAAUUUUAAAACUCCCCCAUAUAGAGAUUAUAUUUUAAUUUUGAAGGAAUUAAGGAAUAAAUACAAAAAAGAAGGAGAUAUGGUUGCUAGUAAUUGCAUGAAAUUAUUAGGCAAUUCCUUACACGGUAAAUCUAUUCAGAAGGAUAUAACUACAUCGAGACAUCUAUGGAGUGAAGCGACUUUAAAAGCCAACUAUGAUUCACACGUCAAAAGCUAUGAAAAAGAUUUUACUAGAUUAACACCCACUCAUUUAGGUGCAUUUAUAUUAUCUCCCAGUAAAAAAAUAAUGAACAAUUUCAUUCACGUUAUAGAUGGAUUUUAUAAGCCUGAAAUAUACUAUACGGAUACCGAUAGUUUUUACAUUUCUUCUAGCAAUUGGGAUAAAUUAAAUGAAGCUGGGUUGGUGUCUGAAAACGAAUAUAGCAAAGGGAAGAAUGAUUAUGGUGAUGGUGGAAUCAUAUUUGGUUUAUAUUUAGCGCCAAAAGUAAAAUACAAUAUCAUUCUAACUUCCGAAGGUGUUUUAAAAGAAAUAAAAACGUUUAAGGGUUACUCUAACUAUAAGAUUAAGGUAGAAGACUACAUUCAAUUAGCUAGCGGACAUGACGUAACGAAUGAAUUUGAUAAACCUUGGGUAAGAAGUUUUACUGAUGGAAUAGUUAUUCCUAAUGAAAAACAAAAGAAAGUUUUCAGAAGUUAUCUGAAUCUCGUUAAGAGAAAAGCACCAAACAGUGAAGGAAUCAUGUAUCCUUACAACAACAAAGAUGAGAUGUGUUUGGAUGAUGAUUAG